CAGAGCGCGAGAGCUCGAUGCAGCCCCACAAUCCUUUUGGGAAUAUGUAAGCGCGGACCGAGCGUUUGGGUGCCUGUGGGCGCAUGAGGCGAUAUGGACUGCAAAUGAUGAACUUGGCUUUGCCUCAUUCGAACGUCAUCUUUUAGAACGUCAUUAUUUGUGAGAUAAAUCAUUCCAUUACAAUAAUGCGGACAGGUCGGCGUUGACUGUGGCUCAGUUCAAGAUGAAGAAGCAGUUCAAUCGGAUGAGGCAGCUCGCCAACCAAACGGUGGGAAGGGCUGAAAAAACUGAGGUGCUGAGCGAAGAUCUUCUGCAGGUGGAGAAGCGUUUGGAGCUGGUCAAGCAAGUCACGCACAGCACUCACAAGAAGCUGACAGUCUGCCUGCAGGGCCACCAAGGGGCCGACGUGGAGAGGAAAUCACUCAAGUCGCCUUCCAAAAAGCUCCCGCUCAGCAUCCUGGCCCAAUGCCUGGCAGAGGGAGCGGCAGUAUUGGGCGACGACGCCCUCUUGGGGAAGAUGCUGAAGAUGUGUGGAGAGGCGGAGGAGAAGUUGGCCCAGGAGCUGAUGGACUUUGAGCUGCAGGUGGAGCGAGACGUGGUGGAGCCGCUCUCCACGCUGGCCGAGGUGGACAUUCCCAACAUACAGAAACAAAGGAAACACUUAGCUAAACUGGUCUUGGACAUGGACUCGUCGCGGACAAGAUACCAGCAGUCGUCCAAGUCGUUGAGCCACCCCGGCACCCUCCAGCCCGGCACUAAGUCCGACUCGCUCCGAGAGGAUAUGGAGGAUGCGGCCACUCGGAUGGAGAUCUGCAAGGAUCAGCUCUCUGCCGACAUGUACGCUUUUGCGGCUAAAGAGGUGGACUAUGCCAAUUACUUCCAGACGCUCAUGGAGACGCAAGCGGAGUACCACAGCAAGUCACUGGAGAUUCUGACCGCCAUCCUGCCCCAAAUUAGGGCGCACCAAGAAGCAUGGCUCGAGAAGCCGUCCUUCGGCAAGCCUCUGGAGGAGCACCUGAACAUCAGCAGCCGAGAAAUCGCCUUCCCGAUCGAAGCCUGCGUUACCGCACUGCUGGAGUGCGGCCUACGGGAGGAGGGCCUUUUCCGAGUGGCUCCGUCGGCCUCCAAACUGAAGAAGCUGAAAGCCUCCCUGGACUGCGGCGUUCUGGAUGCACAGGAGUACUCCUCGGACCCACACGCCAUCGCAGGUGCUCUCAAAUCGUACCUGCGCGAACUCCCCGAGCCGCUGAUGACCAUGGAGCUUUACGACGAGUGGAUCCAGGCCUCCAACAUUCAAGAUAUGGACAAGAGACUGCAAGCAUUAAUGGGAACAUGUGCAAAGCUGCCCACGGACAACUUAAACAACUUCAGAUACCUGGUCAAAUUCUUAGCCAAACUGAGCGAGUACCAGGACUCCAACAAGAUGACGCCAGGCAACAUGGCCAUCAUCCUGGGCCCCAACUUACUGUGGACGCACAUCGAGCCGGACAUGACGGAGGUGAUGACCACACUGUCGCUGCAGAUGGUCGGAAUCAUUGAGCCCAUCAUCCAGCAUGCCAACUGGUUCUUCCCCGGCAAGAUGGACUUCAACCUGACGGGCAGUUACGGCAGCCCCGUCCACGUCAACUACAACUGCAACUACAGCUCCCUGCCGUCCCCUGACAGGGAGCAGUCGGAACGCAUGCGGCCGCACCACGACCAGAGCCGGCGCCCCCUCAGCGUUGCCACGGACAACAUGAUGCUGGAAUUCUACAAGGAGAAGGAUGGCAUUAGGAAAAUCCAAAGCAUGGGCGUGCGGGUCAUGGAUACUUCCUGGAUGUCGCGCAAGGGCUCGUCUACACUGGCCCGCAAGAGCUGCUGCACCCCGCCGGGGGUCUGCUCCACGCCCGCCGACCCGCUCGCCGCCACCGAGCAGGCCGCCUCGCCGGCUGUCUCGCCGCCCGCCACGGCGCCCCCCGCGGAAAGGGUCAGCUCAGACGUGUGGGCCAAUCGGCCGGACACCUCUCAGGCCCGGCCGCCCCCAGGGGAGGACCGGCCGCCCCCUCCCUAUCCUGUCGCCUCCCACCACCACUUCUACCCCAAGCCCCCUUCCUGCGCUCGUCCCGCGGCGCCGGGCCCUGAGUCGCAGCCACCGGCCUCGCCCCCGCAGCACCGGUCAGGCUUCGCACCCCCGGCCCCACUCCCGUCCUCCUCUUCUUCCUCCUCGUCCUCCUCGCUCGACAUCAAUUCCAACCCCAAGCCCAGCUGCCUGCACUUCCCCAAGCACAGCCCGCCCGGCGACGGUAACGCAUCGCCGCUUUUCCUCAAACCCGCCCUGGUGCUCGCCCGCCAUGAGCAGUGCCUCGGCUAUCCCCCCUCUGCGCCCCCGCCGUGGGCCGCCUGUCCCGGCGCCAGAGAGAGAGGAGUCCCAAGGCCGACUAGUUCGUCCAAGAGUAAAGAGCUCUCCCCUGUCAUGGGCCACAAAGGCAUCCAAGCGGCAAGUUCAACAGUGCCCCUUAGCGACAGUCCGCAGAAUUGCAGUCCGUGCCCCCGCCCUGGAGAGCGCAGCCCGCGCAGCCUGGGCAAAGGUUCCAAAAGGUUGGCGCCCGUGCCUCCAAAAGUCCCGUACUGUCAGCCAGUGGCACUGUCCGACCAGUCCGCCGGGCAGCCGUCACCAGUCAGCCUAUCGCCCACCCCGCCCGGCACGCCCUCUGUUUACGGACUGCUCUGCGCUCCGGGUCAAGCGUUGCCACCAUGCUCCCCGGGGCAGGCCCUGUCGGGGGCGCCCCACUCCCUUUCGUCACCGCCCUCGCUGGCCGGGACGCUCACCAAGUCACGGCCCAGGCCCAGGCAGAGGCCCGACCUGCCCCCGCCGCAGCCGCCUGUCGGCUUGGGUGGUCGGGACCCGGGCCCAGUCCGAACCCCGGCGCUCCAGCCACCGGAGCCGGCCCUCACUGACGGACUGUCUCCGGGGGAGAGCAUGUCGACAGAUAUCUUCAACUACGAAAUCCCCUCCAUCAAUAUCAACCUGGACAGCCUCAUCGACGAGUUUAGCGGCGCCCCCCGCAGGAGGUCACCGCCCGCCAAUGAGGAGGAGCGGCUGGCCACCGCUCUAUAACGUGGCUCGGUGCCAAAAGCCAGAGGAAAGAAGGCAUCACUUGGCUUCAUUAGUGGAAAAAAGAAAGAAAGGAAAAGGAAGAAUUUGCAUCCAGAACAGAAGGAAAAAGCAAAACUCGGGGACAAAGCAGUGCCUUUCGGAGGAAAGACCCGAUUCGAGCUUAUCCCCAAGCUUAUACAGUCCCACACCCCCGCGUGCUGCGUUCAUGUUUUUUUUGGGUUUGCCUUCGAUGCCGCUGCGUCCGCGUGAUGCUCUCGCUGUCGUCGGGGCUGCGGUGCGUGUUGCUUCACUGGCCGACCAUCUUCAUUGGCGACUGGGCUCAAAUAGUGGCCUUGGGUGUUUCUCUCUUUUUGCCUCUUGAAGCAUCUAUAUGAGGAGGGCCUUUAUGAGGUGGCGGACACGCCCACGUACAACUCUGUUUCUUGUUGAAAUGUCUGUCAGCCCUCCUUUGCGUAAAUGGGCGCUUUGCAGAUGCCAAGCCUCAUUUGCUUUGCCAGCGACAAGUGACAAAAGGAUGCAUCGAUUUGAGCAGGGUGUUUAUUUUUCUGUAGCCGAUGACCGAUGCCAGCUUCCAAAACAGCCAUAAAGCGGACAUUGUUGGUCUGCAUCCUUGUAUGGAGAAUUACCCGCUUCUUCUUUUGGACUUGAGUGAGUCCCCUCGUUUGGAAUAAUGGCACAGACUCGAUAGGUUGUCAAGAACAUCACAGCUAAAUGUGACUCCCCUCUCUGCAAAGGUUGCCAUUGAUUUGGGCAAAAGAGCAACCAAGGCCCUCUGUUCACGUGCUUCAGACUUAGUCAGACCCUUUUUUUCUCUGCAGUGGUUCUGCUACACCGACAGUAAAUGAGACUAAAGGGUUGUCUGUCUGUCUCUCUGUCUGUCGUCUGACUGUCAUUGGAGUAAAAAGUGCAAUUACAGUUCUUACACAUCCAACUGUGUCCAAAAGUAAAGUGGAAGCCAUUUAUUGUGUUUUGUUGUAUAUGCUUCCAAACAAAUUGCCCUUUGGGAGGGCCUCAACAUGCCUGUUUUUGCAUGUGUAUUUUUGAGGUCCUCAACAAAACCCUUUCCAACCCCACUUAAACGUCAGCACCCCGUGCCAGUUUUAUCUAUGAACGCAAACUUGAGUGCAAAUCCCGAGGGCCUAAAACGAGCAGGACCUCAGCCGUGUUGCAGACCUCAAGAGCAAAUCGGAAGCUUUUAUCCUCAAUAGACAGACGACGCAAAAUUACCCGACACCUGCCCCAAAACGUCUCAAGAAUGCAUGUGCGAAAACAAAUGUGUAGCCAGCUGUUAUGGGCCAAAAUUCCAUACAAACAAGCAGUGAGCAAAUGACCCCCAAUUGAAAGCGCCUCCCUUCGACGGAUGCGGGGGCUAUAAGUAGUUACUGCAACUGAAUGACCAAGCUUGUUUUUUUCAUACAAGUAAAACCUUUAAGUUAAGCUGUUUUGUUUUGGGAUGAAACUUUAUCAAAGCGAUGUACGGUGUGUGUUUAUGGAGAAUUUCUUGAUUGUGAUAUUUAUUCUCUAGGUAGUUGUGGUGACCACAUGACAACAUUGCAAGUACUGCUUCCUUGCUUGUUUUUUGGGGAGGGACAACUAUGGACAGACUAUAUCUGACAUGCUUGGUUCUACCAAGAGGCUGAUCGAAUGUGGCACAUUUGAUUUAUUCUUGUUCCGAUUCUAUGGAGUUUCUUUUGACAAACCAUGUAGCCUGCCAGGCCGGCGUGCACGAAUAUCAUGCGAACGGACGGUAUCACUGUCAAGCUUUGGCGUGUCAUCUGCCCUUUUCACGUAAGCGGCUGCCAAGUCUUACGCAGCAAGGUGCAGCCCGUCCAUGUGUACUAUGAAGCCAAGCCAGAACCCUUAUUCAGAAUGUCAGAACUAAAUAGAUCUCUAUAUAUACGUAUCUAUCUAUAUAAAGGCUACAUUUCUACAAACGUCA